AUGACCACCCACCUACAACAACCACAUCACCACAACUUCCACCCACACACUUCCUCCUACAACCCCUACCACCCCUACACCAUCCCCAACCACGCUCAAACCAAGAAACAACGCUCACGUCCACACCGACGCCAACGUCAACACCACCCCUCCACAAAACCCCCGAACCCCUCCGCCCUCAAGACCCCCUCCUCUCCAUCACCCUCCAAAAGCAACCGCUGCUUCACCUGGCUGCUCCUUCCCCCAGCAAGCAACACUCACAUCGCCAAAAACCGCUCUUCUUUCAGCAGCUACCGCCGGGCACCAUGCAAAAUCGCCAACCAGCGGGUGUUAGGCGUAGGCACAGUCCAGCUCCGAGUGCAGAGGGCGCCGGACGACCCUCGCACAAAUACCCUUGUGCUACAUGACGUGCUGCAUAUGCCGAAUGCGAGGUGCAAUGGCAUUAGUGUGGCUAAAUAUACGGGGGAGAGUGAGGAGGAGACGGCGUCGGAGGGGGGGAGUAGUGCUGGGGAGAGGGCGGUUGUGGAAGAGGUUGAGAAUGGUGGUCUGGUGAAGGUGAAGAGUGAGAGGGAGGAUGGGGAGGGGUUGUGGUUUGCGAGAGGGAGAAGUAGGGGAGGUCAGGGCAAGGGUGAGGGUGGGGAUGAUGGGUUGAGGGUUGUGUUGGCGGGGGAGAAGGAGAUGGAGAAGGAUGAUGGUGCUGGUAAAGGAAUCAUGGGGGUGGUUGCUUCGAAGGAGGAGUUGGAGAUGUUGAAUGAGAGGGUUAAGAAUCGGUCGUGGGUAUAA